AUGACUAAGGACAACCGAUCUUUGACAACAGGAUUUAUUCUCACAGGAUUUAUGGAUCAUCCAGACCUGAAGCCCCUUCUGUUUGUGCUGUUCUUUGCCAUUUACCUGGUCACUCUGGUGGGAAAUCUGGGUUUGAUUGCAUUGAUUACCAUGGAGCGCCGUCUUCACACACCAAUGUACUUCUUUCUGGGUAACCUGGCUUUGAUGGAUUUUUGCUGUUCCAGUGCCAUUAUCCCUAAGAUGUUAGAGAACUUUGUUUCUAAGACAAGAAUUCUUUCCCUCUAUGAAUGCUUGGCACAAUUUUAUUUUUUCUGCCUUGCUGGAACUGCUGACUGCUUUCUCCUGGCAGCAAUGGCCUAUGAUCGCUACGUGGCCAUAUGCUAUCCACUGCAAUACCAUACUAUGAUGUCAAAGCAACUCUGUAUUAAAAUGACCAUAGGAGUCUACAUAGGUGGCAAUAUACAGUCCAUGCUUCAGGCAGGACUCAUACUAAGGUUAGCGUUCUGUGGACUUCAUCCAGUCAACCAUCUUUAUUGUGAUAUUGUUCCAUUAUUUAGACUCUCUUGUGUUGACCCAUAUAUAAAUAAACUGAUGUUACUUAUAUUUUCAGGGCUAGUUCAAAUUUUAACUAUUAUCAUAGUACUAAUCUCUUACCUUUACAUCCUUCUCACUAUUUUCAAAAUGAAAUCCAGAGAGGGAAAAGGCAAAGCCUUAUCUACGUGUGCAUCUCAUUUUCUCUCUGUCUCAAUAUUCUAUGGUUCUCUUCUUUUUAUGUACAUUUUCCCACACUCAGGUAAUCAAGAUAUACAAACUGCUGUUUUUUAUACUGUAAUAAUUCCUUUAUUAAAUCCUUUUAUCUAUAGUCUAAGAAAUAAGGAAGUGAUGAACAUUAUAAAAAGAAUUAUAAAGGGAUAUGGGAUUCCUGGUGGACAAAAGGAGAUAACUGUCUUGAUUAAAGAUAUGCUAAAGGCUCGGGUGUUAGUGUCCACAAAUUCUUUAUUUAAGAAUCCUUUCUGGCCCGUUACAAAAGCAGAUAGCUCAUGGACACUAACCCUAGAGUAUCAAAGCCUAAAAAAUGUAGCGUCACCCAUGGCUUCAGCAGUCCCAGACAUGCUGUCAUUGAUGCAGGAAAUGCAGCAGACUAAAGGAGACUGGAACUCAGUAAUAGAUCUUGCAAAUAUUUUCUUCUCCAUACCGAUCUCUAAAAAGAGCAAGGCACGGUUUUCUUUCACAUGGGAAGGAUCUCAGUUUAUUUUUAUGGUUCUACCACAUGGUUAA